UUUAAUUUAUACCGAUGAAAUCCUCACUCACUCAUCAUCACCACCCAACAUUCUUCAACUCUCUAAAUCGCAUUAACAAUUUUGAUCAUUGCAAACUACAAAUCUCGGUCUCCGGAAUUCGCCAUAUUCCCCCAAUCCACGUACCCAAACACUAAUCGUACUUCUCUUUUCAAUUCCAGAAUCUUCUCCUCCAACAGAAAAAAAAACUUAGGGUUACACACAGUUAUUCAGUUAAUUAAUCAUACAAAAAUGAGCUUUCAGGACAUCGAGGCUGGACGGCCUUUCGCUUCCGGGCGCAACCUGAUUAACGGCAAACAAGACCCUACGCAAGCGGUGGCUUCCGGCAUAUUUCAGAUCAACACCGCCGUCUCCACGUUCCAGCGUCUCGUCAACACCCUCGGAACCCCCAAGGACACGCCCGAACUCCGCGAGAAGUUGCAUAAGACAAGACUGCACAUUGGACAAUUGGUGAAGGAUACUUCGAAUAAACUUAAGCAAGCCAGUGAGAUUGAUCACAAUGCUGAAGUUAAUGCGAAUAAGAAGAUAGCAGAUGCUAAGCUUGCAAAAGAUUUUCAGGCGGUGUUGAAAGAGUUUCAGAAGGCUCAGCGUCUUGCAGCUGAGAGGGAAACAGCUUACACACCUUUUGUUCCACAAGCAGUUCUUCCAUCCAGCUAUACAGCUGGCGAAGCAGCCAUUAGUUCUGAUAAGACUCCUGAACAGAGGGCCCUUCUUGUGGAAUCUAGAAGACAGGAAGUGUUAUUCUUAGAUAAUGAGAUUGCAUUCAAUGAGGCUAUCAUUGAGGAAAGAGAGCAAGGCAUUCAAGAAAUCCAUCAGCAAAUUGGUGAAGUGAAUGAGAUUUUCAAAGAUCUUGCUGUGCUUGUCCAUGAGCAAGGAACAAUGAUUGAUGAUAUUGGGUCCAAUAUCGAGCAUUCUCAUGAAGCAACUGCACGAGCAAAAUCUCAACUAGCCAAAGCAUCAAAGACGCAAAGAUCAAAUUCAUCUUUGACGUGCUUGCUUUUGGUGAUUUUUGGGAUCGUGCUUCUAAUCGUCAUCAUCGUCCUUGCUGCUUAGUCAAAGACUCAAUUUUAUUAUGAAUCAGAUGCACUAUUUACAGAGCUGCAGAUAGGAUCUCCCUCGCUGAUGAUUAACUCUGAGUGAUGAUUUACCAGAUCUCGUGAAUGACCGGGACCUUGCCUCAUCUGGUUUCAGUACGUGACGUGGGAAUAUUAACAUUAGUGUAUCGUUAUUUUGCUUUCGGGUAUAUCUUCUCGGUUCUUUGUCGGUGCUUGGGCUUUUUAAGGAUGUGUCUUGUUGUGUUGGUUUUUUUCAUUAAUAAAAAGAAAUAUUAACGUGUUCUUUUACCUGUAAAUGCAAGUUGAAAGAUAGCAUGUUGACUCUACUUAGCAGUAUCUUUAUACUUUAUUUUUCAUUUUCCCCCUUGGAGUUGUGGGGUUCCUUUCC